CUUGGAUUUAGAUGGCAAGGUUCCUCUCUCUGAGGGCAAGGUUCCUCACUCUGAGGACAAGGUUCCUCACUCUAGUUACACGGUUUCUCACUCUGAGGACAAGGUUCCUCACUCUGAGGACAAGCUUCCCCAAUCUGAGGACAAGGUUCCUCACUCUGAGGACAAGGUUCCUCACUCUGAUUACAAGGUUUCUCACUCAGAGGACAAGGUUCGUCACUCCGAGGACAAGGUUCCUCAUUCUGAGGACAAGGUUCCUCACUCUGAGGACAAGGUUCCCCAAACUGAGGACAAGGUUCCUCACUCUGAGGACAAGGUUCCUCACUCUGAUUACAAGGUUUCUCACUCAGAGGACAAGGUUCGUCACUCCGAGGACAAGGUUCCUCAUUCUGAGGACAAGGUUCCUCACUCUGAGGACAAGGUUCCUCACUCUGACGACAAGGUUCCUCACUCUGAGGACAAGGUUCCUCACUCUGAAGGCAGGUUCCUCACUCUGAGGACAAGGUUUCUCUUUCUGAGGACAAUGUUCUCACUCUGAGGACAAGGUUCCUCACUCUAGUGACAAGGUUUCUCACUCUGAGGACAAGGUUCCUCACUCUGAGGAGAUGGUUCCCCACUCUGAGGACAAGGUUCCUCGCUCGGAGGACAAGGUUCCUCACUUCGAUUACAAGGUUUCUCACUCUGAGGACAAGGUUCGUCACUCCGAGGACAAGGUUCUUCACUCUGAGGACAAGGUUCCUCACACUGACGAAAAGGUUCCUCACUCUGAGAACAAGUUUCGUUACUCUGAGGACAAGGUUCCUCAGUCUGAGGACAAGGUUCCUCUCUCUGAGGGCAAGGUUCCUCUCUCUGAGGGCAAGGUUCCUCACUCUGAGGACAAGGUUCCUCACUCUAGUUACACGGUUUUUCACUCUGAGGACAAGGUUCCUCACUCUGAGGACAAGGUUCCCCAAUCUGAGGACAAGGUUCCUCACUCUGAGGCAGGGGCGGAUCCAGACCGAUGCGAACGUUGCGAAUGCAUCAGUCAAAAUUGAAUCUUGGUAAUAAAUUUAUAUUUAUAGAUUUACAGAACUGAUACAUUUUACAUUUAUCGAUAAAAACAGAAAGAAACUACAAAAUACAUAUUUUCAAACCCCAAAUCAUUCAUUUGAAUUCUAUCCAGGCAAAUAUCCAGCUAAUCCGCUCGUGAGUAUAAUAUUAUACCAAAAUGCGAUGUAAAGAGCUUUUAACAUAGCAAAAUAAUCAAAAUAUUUGUAGUGCCAUCGAAAAUUCGUAGUUCUGUUAUUUUGCGCUAAUUAACCGUACAAAUAAUACGCGACAAAAUUUAGCCUUUUGCUCUUAAGUCACAGUAGAAGCAAAUGCAUCAGCUACGUCACGUUAGAUUCGAUUGGCAUCCAUUUUGCAUCACCUACGUCGCGUUAGAUUCGAUUGGCAUCCAUUUUGCAUCAGUGAAUGCAUCGGUCCCGAGUCCUUUUCCGCGUGAAAUCUAACGUGACAUCAUCAAAACCAUUGUUUUAGAGCCCUACGUCACGUUACAUUUGCCCGCUGAGCGAUGCAUCGCAUGCAUGUUGCAGGCUCUUGCAUCGGUGCACUGAUGCAUAAUACAUUUAAUUCCAUCUACUGUGACGUAUACAAGACAGCCCACGCUUUCUCGAAGUCAUGGCGGCAAACAAAGAUAUGCAAAUGAAGAAGUACGAUCUAUUGUGUUUGCUUCGAGAAGAUAAAGCCUUCGAAAUCGAAGGGGUAAGAAAGCACUGUGAAAUGAAACUUGCUGAUUCGAUUUCGAAAUCUAAAGCUUGGAAUCCAUUCUCGAGAGGCAAGAAUGGAAGGGAUUUAUCGACGGAAUUGUUGAUUCCCAAACAUAUUACUGAGAAGUGGCAGUCUGGAGAACUGAGGGCUCUAAAGUAAGCAAAAUUCGUCUAUAUUUUAAUAAUUUUAUUACAAUUCGGUCAAUUUAACGAGUAUGUGAAUGUUAUAAUAUAAAUUGGAAAAUAUUCUGCACAACAUAGUUAAAACUUAUUGUGCCUCCCCCCUCAUAAAAGUAGAAACUUUUCUGAUCCCCCCCAGUGUGGAUUGAAAAAUUUACAGCAAUGAAACAGGUGUGUGUUGCAGCCUUGCAGGUAAAGUUAGAUAUUAGGAUAAUCUGUUUAUCAUUAUGCUUUACCCUGGUGAAUAUGAUUCAACCAUAUAUGACUAAAAGACCUUAAAAAAUAUAUAUUAUGUGUUACUACUUUUGUCCUACCCUAACCCAUGGCCCGUCUUCAUACACCGAAAUGAUUUGAACACAGGGCUUUCUUUAAGAACUUGUCUGACAAAAAGCUUGGCGUGUUAUUGUAUGUGCUAGUAGGGGGUCUGGGGGUAUUCUCCCCCAGAAAAUGUUUGGUAUUUUUCCACUCCUAGGACUGAAAUGUUACAUUUUCUGAAAUAGAUUUUUAGAUAUACAGUGUUACAUUGUAUUUUGAUAGACCGAAUCCUAACAGUUAAGUGUACUUGCAUGGGUAUGUUUAUGUAAAUACCACAACUGGGUCACUCAGGGGGUAGGAAGCUUGUUAAACUUAGUGGGCCAGACUCCCAUGAGGCGCAACCAUGAUGCCGAGCAGGAAGGGAGUCUCUUGAUCGUUGGAAAUGGCAUAAUUUUUCAGAGUCUUCUAAUUGUGAUUAUAGAAAUCAGAACUCCAGACUAUCAUAUUGUGCUAUGACGACCAACAUAGUAGACAUGGUAUUUAACUUCAAAAAUUUUUUUGACCCCCCCCCCUUUCUCUGUGUUAAACCUUUUUUGACCCCACCCUAUUUACAAGGGUAAAACUUCGUUUGCCCCUCCCCCCCAUUUACCAACACCUCCCCAUAAAUUAUGACCACACCCUUAGGAAUAUGUUUCAUGAUAUAAUAUAAAUUUCCUUGGAACUCUUUGCCACACCAUGAGGCUUAUCAUUAAUUGGUCACGUGUGUGAAAUUAUUCCAUAAUAUUUAGAUAUUAUAGAAACCAUCACAGGCCAGUAUAGCCUGCAAAUACAGCUGCAUGGCCUGAUUCACUCCUUCGUCGUGAUCAAUCAGGCCGGCCGUAUUCGCAGGCUAAAUCCAGUACGGAAUGCAGCAUUUCUGUGUGAACAGCAGAACAAAAUGUUCAGUUGUGCUCCUGCAAUACCUGCAGUGCAAAAUCUUCAUGGGCUCAUGAUCUAUGUUGUGCAAUGGGUGAAGUUGGUAUUCAUCACCAGUUUGCGAUCUUGUUAUUUAUACUAAAGCAAGAAUUUACCAAUUGUUUAGUUGUUUUUAUCAUUUUAUGUCAUUGUAGAUGGUAUAAAUAUCUAGAUUAAGCAAAUGCUUUUUCCAUCUGAUAGCAAAACUGCCACAAAGACAAUAAAAUAUAGAAUAUUUUUAUAUAGAAUAUUUUUAUCUAUGGAAAUUGCCUCUACAGAGCAUGUUCAAAAUUACUUUGUGGCAAGGAAGAUCUGUGUGAUUUGCUGAGAGACUUGACAAGCAUUGAGCUCUUUAGUAACCAAGAGUUUUAUGCUUUCCAUCCAUAUAUCACAGCGAAAUCACAUGUAUUCCAGUCAGACAAUACUGCGUUUUCUGCCACAGCUUCUGAUUCUGCAUUGGGUGAUGGGUAUGACAGGAAAGAUCCAAGCAGCAGGGUGACGGUUGUAAAAAGAGAAGCCAUCAGAAAUGCUACUGGUGGAACCUAUGCCUCUCUUAUGUGUGUAUUUGGCUUGUCUUCGGUUACUGGAAUGGGUGUUACUUCAGUUUACCCAGAAAAGGUUGGACAGGAGACCAAAUAUUCACGAUUUCAAAAUGGAACUGUUUGGCCACGGCUAUUCCAUAACAACGUUACGAGUAAACUUGUUCAGGACGCUAAACUAAUACUUAUGUGGACAACUCUUGGUAUUCAUAUUCUUCCUGGGAUGAGCAAGGGGUUUCAGCCAAAUCAUUUUGUACCACUUGUGGAACUUAUGGCAAAGGAUGUGGAGAAGAAGAAACCUCAACAACAGAAAAUUACUGACCUGUUCAGAUCUAAAAGCAAGCAGAUGGAAGAAGGUAAGUACAGUGUAGACAUUGUCACAAUGCCUUAAGGCUCUUUUCACUAGAGUAGUGUUUGUAAGUAUGUACCUAACAGUUAACCCCUUAAGCUGCAUUACACCCAGCUAUACUAUUUCACUCUGAAGCUGCAUGUGUAAUGCCAGACAAUGUUACUCUUUAAGUAAGAGUCAAAAGGUUAAUAAUAUUAUUAACACAACGCCUGACCUAUAAACUUACAGUACCAUGUCAGUCAAAUGGGUUAAUAAUAUCAUUCAAUCUAACUAAUUUCCAAGUUUGUUAUGUCUUUAGAAUUCAGAUCAGUGGUUUGAAUCACAGCAAACUAGGCAAACUUUGUUGACUUUUCAUUUUAAUCUUUUUAUACAUGUGGCGCUCUAAACUGAAAUGGCAAUAAUCCAAUAAAAUUUAAGUUUGUCUUGUUUGAAACAACUCUCAUAAUGGUAUAUGAAGAGGCUUAACAACAUUCCAUACAAUUAUCUUACAACAUAUUGAAAAUAUAAUAGGUUUUGUUUGUGGAAACACCACGUAAAUUUAUUACUGCAAAGCUUUCGAUCCGUAAGCUUUGCAGUAAUAAAUUUAUGUGGUGUUUCCACAAACAAAACCUAUUAUAUUUUAUCACCAUGCAAACAUACAAAGAACUUAAUAUUGAAAAUACUUCUCUUAUUGUGAUAUCACAUAGUUAUGUUCACAGGUAUAUCCCUGUUGUGGGCAUCAUCAUAACCCCAGACUGGGGUUAUGAUGUUGUCCACAAGUCCCGGGUAUAUACAUGAAAUAUAAAAAUAAUAUGGUCACUAAACAGUGGACUACACCCUGUUCGCUUGUCAAACUAUCUCUAAAACCAGUCAAAGUGGAGAAGUUGUAAAAAGUUGUUUUAUUGGGACAAACUCUCUGAUUCUGAUACUCUGCAUGUGUCCUUGCAGUAUCAUACAAGAAUUACACCCUGGCAAUGUAAUCAUUUACAGUGGCCUUAAUGGCUUAAUUAAUAUAUUGUUCUAAAUUAAAGUUAAUGUACAGGUAUAAAUCCGUACUAGGAAAUUUAUUUUCGAUUUCAUGUACAGCUUACUGUACAUGUAAAUGAACUUGACAGUUGUAUAGAUUUAUCCAUUUGCUUUAUGCACAUCUAUUAUUAUAUAAACAAUUUAAUUAUGUAUCACUGACUUUGUGAACCGUGUUAUGUUUGAAUUGGUCCUUUGGAUAAGGUAAUAAUGGUAUUUGAGUCUUUGACCACAUGUAGUAAGUUGGUCACAUAUACGAUAUAUAUGUGCUGCAAAUUUUCUUCUGCAGAGCCUCCAGCACCUGCAGGUCAGAAUGUUAAUGUAGAGGAGAAUAUUCCAACAGCAGCAAAAGAGCCUUCCCUUCAACAAACGAUUGCUGAUGAUGGCAAGAUCAUUAAAAUGGAGUGCGAUCCUUCAAGGACCACACUUAAACGUGAGUUUAAAGAUUAAUUUAGUGUGAUAGAGUGAUAGACUUGUCUUGGAAAAAAGCAUUGUUGACCAGCAGCAACGAAACGAGAAACGAUGUAACAAGUAACUUUUGAAUGGAUUCUAUUCUGAUCUACAAGUCGUUAUAUUCCUAAUACAUUGUUGUGUUAUUUAACUUUUAAAAAAGAUUGCCACUUACGUACAGUACCUGUAUUGUAUGUGUUGUUGCGCCGAGAAAAACCUCACUGUCAAAAUGGUUACAUUUGAUCUGCGUAAAGAAAGGAGUGCCAUAGUAUAUGUGUUGUAUGAUGUUGCUUGCGUUUCCUUUUUAGAACAAUGCUAAAUUUCCGCCUGGAUUUUAUUAUGUAGGACCUUCAGGAGAAAUUGGUAAAGGACUUUCAAAACGAUCAAAAGCCGACCUUUCCGAUGUUGAUUCCUUGGACAUUGGACGAUUCGUGUCCGUGGCAGCAAUUGAUGAUGACACUAAAUUUAAUUUAAUCAACAAUCACUGGAAGCCACCCCCAGAUUUCAACUUUCUUUCUGAAACAUCACGCCGAAAAUUUUGUGCAAGUUGGUUACAUCGCUGGUCUUGGCUAUGUUAUUCCAAGUUGUAUAACGGAGCUUUCUGUCUUUCUUGUGUUUUGUUUGGCCAUCAAACUGGACAUAACGGCUCAAAAUUGUCCAAGUUAUUCAAGGAACCCUUAACCAACUGGCAAAGUGCGGCAACAAGACUCGAACAGCAUCAGAAACAGUCGGUUAUUCAUCAUGAUUCCAUGUUGCGUUUGGUGCAGUUUAGAAGCGUAAUGACGGGCGAAACCAAAGGCAUAGAUGAGCAAGUCGAUAACAUGAGAAGUGCUCGCGUUCAAUACAAUAGAGAUAUCCUCAGUUCUAUCACCAAAACUGUAAUCUUGGCUGGCAAGCAGAAUCUCCCAUUAAGAGGACAUCGAGACGAUUCCCAGCAUUACGCAUCUCCCAAUCCUGGAAACUUUCAAGCCUUUUUAGAUUUCCGAGUGGAUUCAG